AUGAGAAAGGAAAGAAGGAACCGAUGCGGGGGCCUGGUCAAGACAAGUAAGCUACGACGAGGGAGGAGAUGUGAGGUAUCGCGGGUCGAUUCGACCAAGAGAAGACUGUAUCCGACGGGAAAGGCACAGUGUGCACGAGACGGGAAAACUGAAGGAAGAGUCUGGAGGGGGAGGAGCCCCACCCCCUUCCGCAACAGGGGAUAUUGUUGAUUGACGGAAGGGAUAAUCAAAAGGGGACGCACCAGUCGCCUUGACGCCGCUCCGCAAGCCCCGAUACAGAGGCUUGUUGAGCAGAAAUAAUUACUAACCGAGGCAAAACCGCGACAAGGACAAGCAUAGUUCCACCACGACGUUAGCAACAACGCGUCGAUUGCGACUAACACUGACGUCCCUGUGGUACUUCUGGCAUACGCGCGACGCAGCCACCGAUCCGUAGCUAUGCCCUACUAUGUUUUUUGUUGUAUUAUUAUUAUUUUUUGUUUGCGUUCUCUUUUGUUUCGUUCACCUUGGAGGUCCAGAGGUACCGACCGCGUCCUGUGAACGUCGAUCAGCGGGUAUAUCGGGCAUUAGAAGGAGGAUACGGCCGCGGUACACGGAAGAACGUCCUCCACGGUAUAUGGCAAGCUCGGCUUGUCUGGGGAGCGAGAGACGUUAUAGGGAGUCGGGAACAGCCAUCACGAUGGCCUCGGGAAACGCUGCAGUAGCGUAGAAAGGACGAGACGACGCAGACAGAGAGGGAUGAGUGACGGGUCGAGCGCGUGAAGCGUUGGGUACGUAGAAAACGUACAAACGGCACACGCAAGUCUGUACCCGCCGCCACGCGAAGAGGCAAACAAGGAAAAGGGGAACACGACCGUCCCGUACGAGAUGUCGAAGAAGGAGAGCGACGUUAACCGUCGACAACACCCCCAAGCCAGAGCAGAAAAAAAGGGACUUAGGCGAUUUCAUCUGAAAACCUCCCUCACCGGAAUGCAAGAGCCGCCGCAGUCGAACCACGAAAACGAAAAUUCACUGUAGUCUCAGGCUGAGGUGGGAUACCUCCUGAGACACGAUCACGCGCACGAGACAGGGCGCUUGGAUCAGAGAUCCGUCCUCGUGAUGCGAAAAUUAACCAAGAAAAUACUUAGAGGUCGUCAGAAAAACGCUGGACGAGCGGUAACAGCCGAAAAUGGACCAAGGGGGUAACCUUCGAAACUUUAUUGACAAAGCUAGGGGGAAACCGUACUUGUUGGUCGCACGAAAACAGAGGAGGGCUGGCUACAGCCCAUGGCACAAGUACACCAGGUCACCCGAUCACACCGUCGUGAGCCAUCGUGCAAGACACAAUGCCGCCGUCGGCAUGGCCAUGUAAAAUGAGUUCCGUACGUACGCCAAAGACGACCGAACCCCUGCUUAA